AUGGUCACCUCAACGUCCAGUCCCAAAUUGACUGUGCCCUUGCCGACGAUACAUCAGAUCGACCUCGUCAUCGCCCCCCUUGACAGACCACCCGCUACGCGCCUCACCACACUGCCACCACCCUUUGUCCCAUCCACCCCUACAAUCCCUCUCCAGUACCGCAUCUCUGCACCACCUCUGCCCUCCUUCGCACGUUGUGAUCCCAUCGACCUCCUCGCUAUCGUCAGUUCCAAGGUCAGCGCUGUCAUCAAAAGACUGCAGGCCAUCUUCGAUCGCAAGGAUCAAUUGCUCGACAUUCCCCACAAUCAUCGGCUCGCCCUUCAACGCAUCGGUGACAAGCUUGAGUGGAUACUCGACAACAUCAAAAACGGCUCUUCGUGGACACGCAGUCAGCAGCAAAACAUCGACUGGUUUUGCAAGGAGUUUGGAAAGGUCAAGUUCAGUGGACUUGGACAGAACUUUGAGUGCAUUGUCAAGGCUUUAGUAGAGUUAGAACAAUUCGGGUCCUUAGAUUGGAUCGUCGUUUAG